AUGGAAUGCAUUCAAUACAAUCUGCUUGAUCUCAUUGACGAUUUUCCAAAUUCAAUGUCUAAUGUGAAUGAUCUAAGGCUGGAGAUGGAGAAAUACAAUGACGCGAAACAAAGAAUCACAGAGUUUCAGGAAGAAAUGAAGCUCCGGUUAUUACACCAAGGUGCUUCUUCUGUGGAGAUUGUGAGGUUUUAUAUUCUCUGUAUACGGACCUUUCGAUACUUAGAUCCUAGCUGUGAAUUGUUAUUACCUGUGGUUGAGAUGAUGGAAGAAACCUAUCGAAAGGACAUGGUGCAUGCUGUAGUAAAAAGAAUACGAGAAGACGACGACAACAGUUUGUGUCCCGACCCAGAGGAUACCUAUGUAUUUGAUGCUGAUGAGUUGGGAAAAAGUGUGUCAGAAGGGUAUUAUCCUCUUUGUGAAGACAAAGGAGAGUUCUGUAAGGAUCCAAAAAAAGAAAAGAAAAAAGAAAGCAGUUCUCACUAUCUCUUUCUAGUUGAAAGGCAGUGGCUGGAGCGGAAGAGCUUGGAUAUUGUUGCUAUGCUCUUUACACUGUGCGAAACACAAGAGUCACUUGCAAAAGAGAAUUUUGUAAAAGAAUACCAAGAUCAGCUCGGCAAAGCUCUCCUAAAAGACCCAGGUUAUGACACUGAGACUGAGAUUAUCCGCCUAGAGAAAAUCAAUGAACGACUUUUGGGUGGCGCGAUGCAAAGCUGUAGUAUCAUGAUCAAGGAUAUGGAGAAAAGUGCACAAUUGAACGAUCGAAUCCGCAAGAGUACAUCUGUUUGGCCAACUGAUUUCAAGGCAUUGGUUUUGUCGAGACACUACUGGAUGGACCCUGAAGAUGAUAUACCAGAACAGACACUAAGACUCGAUACUCCAUGUAUUGAGUCCAUGGAAAUCUAUGAACAAAAAUAUCCUAUUAUACAGCCUUCUCGUACACUCAACUGGCUGCCAGAACAGGGCUCUGUUACAAUUGAACUCACAUUUAAAUCCAGAACAAUCGAGAUGUCUGUAGAUCCCAUCACAGCCACUGUGAUUUCUCAAUUCAGUACAAAAGACAUUACUUUUACUGCAAAACAAAUUGCAAAGAAUAUCGGUGUGCCGUCGAAAAUAGCAUUCAAAAGCCUUGUUUUCUGGCAGCAACAGAAUAUUCUAGCCAUUACAAAAGACCAUCAUUUUCAAUUAAUGUUGAUUAUGGCCAUAACCACAACCACCACCGUACAAUAUUGCGUAUACUUUGACUUAGUCAUAUGCUGUCAGAACUGUACUCUGUAUGACUUGGUCUAUUCAGAUAUUAAAUAA